AUGUUCAGUAUGGCAAAACUACGUCGCUGCUCCCCGCUGUUCUCGUGUUCUCUUCUGUUCGUUGCUGCUCUUCUUUUAUUUGGAGGCUUGGUUCAAUGCGCAAAGGUCGGUGCCGGCAAGCAUGAAUUGGACGGGAAUGGGAAGAUCUCAAAGCUGGGCAGUAACAUGGUGGUGGUCAAAGAGGGAGCGGACUUGUCGGCACUGAGGAAUCUGCCAGAGGCGUGUCAUGAUGUGGAGUGGGAUGGCAAAGAAUGGAUAAAGAUCUUGUACAAGAAGGACGGAGCGGCUAAAGAAGGAUGCGUCUUGGAUCUCGUCGCCGAGGAGAAGCCAGAGCUUAAAGUUUAUAUUGGCGUCAAAUUCUCUAAUAAUAAGUGCUUGAAAGGCUAUCACAAUAUGUUGCCGUUCACGUACAGCCUUGGAGGAGGUCAAUUUGAGAAGCUCAAGGAUGGCAAGAAUCAAGCUCGAAGAGGGGAAAGCGGUGACUGCGGGCAUGAAAGGCAGUGUUUGGAUAAUAACGGCUACUGCUUGAAGGUCGCUGACUUUAUGGUGGGAUUUGGCAGGGACAGAGAAUAUAUAAUGCCUAUGUUGACGCUAGUUGACGAGCCUAAUAUAUUGUUUAGCACUUUGGACGGCAAAAAAGUUUACGACAAGCGAAGUUACAAGGAAACCUUCAAAAUUAAUAUGGGGUUUGCAGACAAUUUUGGUUUUACUCUCAACAUCGACAACGACAAUAAGGAAUGGUCAACAAAGAUUGGGGAUUAUUGUUUGGACGAUAAUCAAGGAGACCCAUUCUGCUUCAACAAAAAGCACCUCAGAACCAUCAAACAUUGGGAGAUCACCGAUGAGAGUCACACAGACAAGCAAUUCAAAUAUCUCUUCACCUUCUACUUGCUGCCACAGAAAGCGGCACGGAGUGGUGGGGAUAUCAAGACGAGUAAUAACAAGCGCUGUAAUAUAUACAGUAGAAGACUUGAGGACGAGAUGCUGGAUGGGCCAAACUGUGAUUAUUUGUUCAUUAAAUUGGUGAGAUUGAAUUGUUGA